AUGGCCAAAGAAGAGAAUGAAGCAGACUCUGAAGAAAAACCCUUGAUGCUGAUGAUGAUUACUGAUUCAGAAUCUCAUAAUAAUGAAAUCUGGUACAUAAAUUCUGGAUGCUCAAAUCAUAUGACUGGACAUAGGGAUUGGCUUGUCAAUUUUGAUGCAAUGAAGAAGAGUAAAGUAAGGUUUGCAGACAACAGAGUCAUACAGGCUGAAGGAGCAGGGAAUGUAGCUAUUAGAAGACUAGAUGGAAGACAAGCUAUGAUCACAGAUGUACUCUAUGUUCUUGGGAUGAAGAGUAACCUGAUAAGUAUGGGUCAGCUCCUAGAGAAGGGAUUUUCAAUGAAAAUGAGUAAUGGAUCUCUGAAAGUCUAUGAUACAGCAAAGAAAAUGAUCAUGAAAGCCCCAUUGGCUAGAAAUAGAACAUUUAAGGUAAAUCUGAAUACUAUUGAACCUCAAUGCCUCUCUGUCGUUACAAUGUCUGAUGACUCAUGGUUAUGGCAUCUAAGGCUAGGCCACUCGAAUUUUAAAGAUUUAAUCCUAUUGAGAUAA